AUGGCAACACUGACGACAACCCUAAACUGUCUCAAGAAAGAAGAGGAUCCAAUCAAUAUUGGUUCAAAGGUGCCUGAGCUUUUAUGUGAUGGCAAGAUUACUUCGAAAUGGCUAUUUGAUGUUAUGAUCAAAGCUGAUUCUAGACUGAAAAGACUCUGUAGCCGCUAUGAAAUUGAAAAUGUAAGUCUAGCUUUAGCCUUAGCCUUAGGUUUGGCCUUAGCCUUAGGUUUAGCCUUAGCCGUAACCUUAACCUUAGCUUUAGCCUUAGGUUUAGCCUUAGCCUUAGGUUUAACCUAAGCCCUAGUCUUAGCCGUAGCCUUUGUCCUAGCCCGCUCUGGUCCGCCGAAGCUUUCCUUAGCAUGCCUUCGUCUGUUCCAGCCCUUCCUAGAUCGUCUAAGCCUGCCCUUAUUUGUCUUAGCUUGUUCCAGCCAUCCCUAGUCCGUUCUAUCUCGCCUUAGUCGUCUUAGUCUGGACUAGCCUGUUCCAGUCCUUAUUAAUCUUCCCUAAUCCGUCCUAGACUGUUCUAGACCUUUUAGCCCGGUCUAACCCGACACUUUUCAGGUAUCCUGUAAACGCCUAGCCGUAGGAUCAGCCUUCAACUCGAUGAUAUAUCGUGUUGAGAUCGUCUUCGAAGCCUGUGGAGUAUUCUCAUUGAUCGCCAAGAUACCAUGUAGUGCCAUUACUGCUGAAGGGGGGUUGGUCAUGAAGAAGACGACCUUCAUGGGACAUAACAAAGAAGUGGACUUUUAUAAUUUGUUCAAAACUCAAAAGCUGGAGACACUGCCACAGUGCUAUUUUGGACGCAAAACUGAGGAGGUAAAAUACGAGUUAAAGACUUGCUUAAAAACUAAAAAAUGUCAAGAACUUUCUUUACAAAACAAAAAAUAGCAUAAACUUUCUUUACAAAACAAAAAAAUGGCAAAAACUUUCUUUACAAAACAUAAAGUGUUAGCCUUCGUAUAACUUGGCACUCGCAGGCUGCCAAAUAUAAAACUUGGCUUUUUAUGUAGAAAUGGCAAGACUACUUUGGAACACUGAGGAGGUAAAAUACGAGUUACACAGAAAGCGUCAUUACAAAAUAUAAAACGGCAAAAUUUUUUUUACGAGACAUAAAAUGGCAAUAACUUUCCUUGCAAAACAAAAAUGGCAAGAACUUUCUUUACAAAACAAAAAAUGUUGUCAUUCGUAUAAUUUGUUACGCGCAGACUGCAGAAAAAUACAUUUUUAUUUUUAACACAGAUGACAAGAACUUUCUUUACAAAACAAAAAAUAGCAAAAACUUUCUUUACAAAACAUAAAAUGGCUAGAACCCUCUUUACAAAACAAAAAAUGCCACACGUUACAAAUUUUCAGAAAGAACAAGCCAUUCUGCUCAUAGAAGACCUCGGAACAGAGGUAAUAACUCCAAGUAUGUACCAACCUUGUCGCAAAGAGCAGAUCUUCAUUGUCGCUGAAGAGAUUGCCAAACUACAAGCAAAAGUGGCCAAAUUACCCAAAAAGUCAUGGGCACAUUUUGAAGACUACUUCCAUACUUUGGAAGUUCAUACUGUACUGAAUCCGGUUUGUACACCAGCUAAUGUUGAGUAUGAUGGUAAGAGUAAAGUCUUGUUGUAACAGUAAUUUAUUGAUAUUAUAAGUCUUUUAUAGGCUUUUAUUAACAUUAAAACUGAGUUAAAAUAAAAAAAAGUUAGUUUUCUAUAAUUUCUUAUCAUAUUUUUGAAUUUUUGUAAGGUGUAACAAAAUGCCACAAAAAAUAUUGAUUUUUUGCAAAGUGUCACGAAAUUCAUUGGAAUAGAUUUAAAAGCAAAAAAAUGUCAAAAAAAAAGCAGUUUUUAAAGAUUUUUUUUCUUUAUUACAAUAAAAAGUCCGAAAAAGUGUAUAUUAGACGAAAAAUCACAAAAAUUUAUUGAUUUUACGAAAUGUUGCAAACAUUUAUUGAUUUUGACAAAUUUAGAGAAUAUUCAAGCAACUAAAAACUUGCGUAUUUUACAAUUUUAAAAAUUUUUUUCAAUAAUUUAAAGAUUAUUCUUUUUUAGUCAAGUUAGGACCAGUCCUAGAAGACCUAAAGCCGGUAAAUAACGCCGAGUUCGCUCGGUAUGCUUGUUUGGAUCGGCCGAAGCAGAUUGGUAAGUCAUGUUUUUACAAUCAUGUUUCCUUCUCAAAUAUAAAAUUCACAGUUUUUUAAAGUUUUGACACAAGAAUUAUCAACUUUGAACUUUUGACGAAAAGCCACAAACUUUAUUGAUUUUUGGCAAAAUGUCACAAAAAUUAUUGAUUUUAUAUUUUUGAUUAAAAACAUAAAAAAUAAUUUGUUUUCUCUAAUUCUUAUUAUACAUUAUCCAUAAAUAGACAAAAUAGACGGAAUUCACAAAAAUUAUUGAUUUCGACGAAAUGACACAAAAAUUAUUGAUUUUUAGAAAAUGUCAAAAUUGCCUAAUAUAUCUAACUUUAUGCUAACUGAAAGGCACACUAUUACUUGUUUCUACUUUUUUAGGUGGUAUAACCCUCUGCCAUGGUGAUGUUUGGAAUGGCAACAUGUUCUUCUUCAAAGAUCCCAAAAAGCCCGACGGAAUCUCUGACCGUCUCCGGGCUUUUGCUGAUUUCCAAACUGUUUUUGGAGGUAAAAUGCGUCGUAAGACAAUUUUAUAUCUAACUACCCUACCCUACCCUAACCUAACCUACCGUACCCUACCUAUACGGGCAAAUAAAAUGUCAUUUUUUAAAUUAAAAAAAAUUUUAGGUAACAUGUUCCUGGACAUAGCUAGAUACGUUGUGUUAUGUUCCGAAGGUAAGGUACGACGUGAAAUUCACAGCGAAAUCGUGCCAUACUUUUUGGAAUGCCUGAAGAAAGCUUUCAAAGCCGAGGGAGUGAAAUAUGAGUAUCAGUUUAGUGCUGAAGAGGUGAGUAUUAGAAAAUCAAUGAAGCUGAAAAUCGUAUUUUACAUUAGAAAAUCAAUUAUAAUCAAAAAGUUUUUUUUAAUUUUUAAACAGUAAAAACUUUCUUUACAAAGCAAAAAAACAAAAACUUUGAUGACAAAACUCAUCGUAUAACUUGUCACCCGCAGGCUGCAGAAGCCAACUUUUGUUUAUUUUUUGAAGAAAUGGCAAGAACUUUCUUUACAAAACAUAAAAUGGCAAAAACUAUCCUUACAAAACGUAAAAUAGCAAGAACUUUCUCUAGAAACCAUGAAAUAACAAAAACUUUCUUUACAAAACAGAAAAUGGCAAGGACUUUGUUUACAAAAUGCAAAAUGGAAAGAACUUUCUUUACAAAACAAAAAAUGGCAAGAACUUUCUUUGCAAACCCAAAUAUUUUUAAAAAAGUUAGGCCCAAGAACUGUACGACCUAUGUGUAGUCCAACAAGCCAUAGUGAACAUCAUGAUUAUCCCCUACUUCUCCCCGAAUGCUGAUGGUGCUCCAGAAAUGGAGCACAAAAUGAGAAUGGCAGAGCUUCAUCAACGAAUGAAGGAGAUGUUCAUUGAUGCAAGUGAACUCAUGCACAAGUAUCAGUGGGACAAGCUUUAA